AUGUCCAAGCGUAUCAAUGAGCUCAAGGCGCUCUGGGAGAAAGGCACACAGGAUGCACAGGAUGCAUCAUUAGACCAGACUCUUGCGUCUGUCCAUAACGACCAGACGCUGGGCCUGGAGUCGGAUAGCAGCAUUGACCUGCAGGCGACUUCCGAUCCUCGCGGCGCCCUGCUCCUCUCCACGACAGAAGAUAGCAUGGCAAGCGAGCGGCACUCAGCAGAAGAGUCGUCUUCUGGCGACCUGAUGGAUGAGCCGCUGCCCACUGCGCUGCCAGACCCUGCUGCGACGCCGCGCAAGUCGACGAGUUCCGCGUCGGCGACGCCGCGCAAGCCUCCGCAAUCUGCCUCUACGACGCCACGGACGACCGGAAAGAGCAGCUCGUAUACCACGCCUGCGGCAGAGGACUCGACGUGGGACCACGACGACUCGUCGCUCUCGACAUCGCUGCGUGCCAGCCAGCUGAUGCGCGGCAACGAGGCGGUGGACGAACUGCUCGAGGAGGAGGAGGGCGAUGCGACUGGCGACCGCUCCAACUCGGGCCAGUGGGGCGUGCAAGAGAUGAAGCGGCGCACUGCGGCCGGCAUCUCGAUCAAGUCGACGCAGCAAAAGAUUGACCAGCUGACUGCGGAACGCGACGAUCUCAAGAUCGAGGUCGACUUUCACCGGCGCAACAUGAGUCCCGAGGACGUCGGUGCAGAGGUUAUUUCGCUGCGGCAGGAGAAGUUGAGCUACGUGCGCCGCCUCCAGAAGCUCAAUGACCUGGUCAAAGGCCAGGAUCAGGCGCUAAAGACGGUGAACAAGCAGGUCAAAGGGUGGGAGACGAAGGUCCAGGACUAUGAUGUGCUGCAAGAACAGCUGCGUCGUGCCGAGGAGCGCGCGGCUGCGGCCGAGGCCAAGGCGGCUGCGGCGCGUCCGGACGACGCUAGGAUCGCCUCGCUCGAGGCCAAGCUGCGGAGCGAGCAAGCCGGCCGCGCUGUCCUGGAGGAUGAGCUUGCGGUGCUGCGCGACGACACGCAGCGCCAGCGUGGCCACCAGACCGAGGUGGACGAGCUGCACGAGGACAUUGCCGAGCGCGACGAGCUCAUCGACAAGCUGCGUGCCGAUCUGAUCGACGCCGAGAAGGAGCUGGACUACUUCCACGAGAAUCCGGAUGCCCCUGAUGCCGAGGCGAUGGUGCACCUCCAGCGCCAGGUCGAGGAGCAGAGCGAGCGGAUUGGCUCGCUGCAAGAUGCGCUCGAUGCUGAGCGUCUGUUGGUCGCCGAGAAGGACGGCGAGCUCGACCGCCUCGACCAGGUCCAGCGCGAGGCCGAGGCCGCAUAUGCCGCGCUCGAGAACGAACUCGCGGUCCGGACGCAGUCUGAGAUGGCCGCGCUGAGCCAAGCGCGCGAGCUCGACGAAGAGGUGCAGCGUCUGGAGCAGUCGCUUGAAGAGGCGCACUCCUACCACGAAGGCCUCUCGCAGGCGCUCAAAGAGAAGCUGUCGGAUACCGCCGUGCAGCUCCACGAGGCGCAGCAGUCGGUCGAUGCACUGUCGGUCGAUGUGGACCAGCUGCGCACCGAGCGCGAUUCUUUGCUCGACGCCGUCGAUCGGCACAGUGCCAAGCGCAGCGAGCUCGAGGAGCUCAACACCCGUCUGAACGAGAAGCUCGUCGAGCUCGUCAAGGACCUCAAGGAUGAAGAGACGGCACGCGAGCGCGCCGAUUCGUCCUGGUCCCAUCGCUACGACUCGACCGAAGUGCAGACGCAGCGCGCGCUGCAGACCAAGAACGAGCUCAUCGAGUCGCUCGAGCGCCAGCUCGUGCAGACCCGCAGCGACAAGCAGCAGCUCGAAAAGGAGCAUGCUCAGCUGCAGCGUGCGAUGCAGCUGCAGGACACCAAGCAGCUGCGCCGCAGCGAGGACCAGGCCACCGAGCGCCAGACGAUCGAAGCGGAGCGUGCGCGCCACCAGCGCGAGUCGAAGCGCCUCGCCGCCGAGCUGGAACGCGUCCAGGACGAGCUGGCGAGCAUGGAGGACCGUUGCCAGGACGCCGAGGCCGAGUCGCAGCGCCUCAAGGCCGAGACGAAAGAGCUGGUCACUGCACUCCAGACCGAGACGCGGACGCGUGUCGGUGCGCAAGAGCGUCUGGACCAGAAUCAGCGAUCUCUCGACGAGGCGCGGCACGACCUCGCGGCGUCGAGCACACGCUCGCGUAUGUCUGAGCAGAGCAGCCGCACGGCGCGCCGCGGCGAUGCGCAGCAGCAAGCGCAGCUUGCGGAGCGCAACAGUCUGCUGGCUACUGUCUACGAGACGCUGACCAAGGCGCUGGCGGGCGCGGACCAGACUACCGGCACCAUUCGCAAGCACGUGGGCGACGAUGGCACCUCGUCCGAAGCCAAGCUUGUUCACACCCACCUCCCCCAGUUUAGCGAGCGGCUGCUGCAGCUGGUGCGGCGCCUGGCUGCGGUGCAGAGCACGUUUGAGCAGCGUGCGCGUGCGCUCGAGCGCAGCCAGGCCGAUCAGCUCGCCGCGCUGCGGCGGCAGCAAGAGUCGCGCUGGAGCCAGAUUGAGCGUAUUGAGCGCUCGAUCAAGGCGGCUGCCGCGAAGCAAGCCCAGUGGCGCCGCCGCAUUGUGGAUACGGAGACGGAGCUCGCGGAUCUGCAGCGCACCAACACCUCGCUCAAGCAACAGCUUGCGCGUGUGCGCGACGCACCCGGCGCGCGCGGCGCGUCCGGUGCCGACUCGCCCGGGCGGUGGUCCGUGCGGUUGCGCGAGCUCGAGCAGCGCGUCAAAGAGGCGGAGGAGCGUGUGAAACGCGAGCGCCUUGGCGCCCGCGAGUCCCGUGCGCGUGACGAGGCACGAAUUCGGCACCUCCAAGCCCAGCUCGAGCGCCUCACGGCGCCCUCUGCAUAG